AUGGGUUCCCUCGAGUCCUCUUUCCAUCUCCGUCGCAUCCUCGUUUUCGUUUCUUUUCUUCUUCUUCUCCAUCCAUCGCGGUCGCAGCGCGGGACUCCGCCUGACGCCUCCGCGCCGGCGCCCUCCGCCUUGGACUGCAAUGGCGUCCUCCUGACCUACGACUUCCAGCGCGGGCAGCGGCUCCGCCCCUUCGUCCAAGACCCCAACGAGCAAGCCUGGGCCUUCACCGCCACCGCCGCCAUACUCAACUCCGGUACCGCCGACCUCGACGCCUGGGAGCUCCUCAUCGGCUUCCGCCACCGCGAGAUCCUCGUCUCCGCCUCGCCCGCCGUCCUUACCGACGGCUCUCCCUUCCCCUACUCCACCUCCAACGACUCUGCCACCUCCUUCUCCGGCUACCCCAACCCCGACCUCAAAUACCCCAUCGAGGUCGCCGGCGACCUCUCCCAGAUCAGCGUCCAGAUUUCCAUCGGUGGCACAUUCUUCGGCUCCCCUUCCCCCGCCGCCCCCCUCCCCUCCUCCCUCUCCCUCGCCGAUCCCGCCUUCUCCUGCCCCGCCCCUGCCGUUCCGUCGAACACCUCCACCUCCAUCGCCACCUGCUGCCUCCCCAAUCCCGACUUCAAGCCCAACACCACCACCAACUCCUCGGACGGCUCCGACUCCGACUCCUUCCUCCCCCGCCACUCCGGCGACCUCACCAUCUCCUACGACGUCAUCCAGGCCUUCCCCAGCAGCUACCUCGCCCUCGUCACCAUCGACAACCACAGCCCCCGUGGCCGCCUCGACGACUGGCGCCUCUCCUGGGAGUGGAUGCGCGACGAGUUCAUCUACUCCAUGAAAGGCGCCUACCCCCUCCUCGUCGACGUCUCCGACUGCCUCUACGGACCCCAGGGCGAGUACUACCAGGACUUAGACUUCUCCAAUGUCCUCAACUGCGAGACCAAGCCCACCAUUCUCGACCUCCCGCCGACCAGCUUCAACGACACCGCCCUCGGCCGCAUCCCCUCCUGCUGCCGGAACGGCACCAUCCUUCCGGCCUCUAUGGACCCUUCGCAGUCCUCGUCGGCGUUCCAGGUCCAGGUCUACAAGAUGCCCCCCGACCUCAACCGCACGGAUCUCUACCCUCCCCGUAACUGGAAGAUCUCCGGCAGCACACUCAAUCCCGACUACGCGUGCGGCCAGCCGAUCCGCGUCAGCCCGGCGCUGUUCCCCGACCCCAGUGGACUCGAGUCGAACACCUCCGCCAUCGCUAGCUGGCAGGUGGUCUGCAACAUCUCCACUCCCAAGGCGGCCAAGCCCAAGUGCUGCGUCUCCUUCUCGACAUACUACAAUGACUCCGCCGUCCCCUGCAAGACUUGCGCCUGCGGUUGCCUGGCGAACGGUGGCGGCCGCACGUGCAAUGCCACCGCCCCUGCUCUCCUCCUCCCGCCGGAGGCCCUUCUCGUUCCGUUCGACAACCGGACCGCCACGGCCCUCGCCUGGGCCGAGAUCAAGCACUUCAACGUCCCGAGACCGAUGCCCUGCGGGGAUAACUGCGGCGUCAGCAUCAAUUGGCAUAUCAACACCGACUACAGCCGGGGGUGGAGUGCGAGGAUGACGCUGUUUAAUUGGGAAGAAGUGAACUUUGCCGACUGGUUUGUGGCCGUGGAGAUGGGCAAGGCCUACGAUGGCUACGAGGAUACGUAUUCAUUUAAUGGGACGAAGAUGGGGAACCACACAAUCUUCAUGCAGGGCUUGCCGGGGUUGAAUUAUCUUGUGGCGGAGAUGGAUGGGGCGAACCCGGAGACCGAUCCCAGAGUGCCAGGGAAGCAGCAGUCUGUGAUCUCUUUUACGAAGAGGACGACGCCUGGAAUCAAUGUGGCCGGAGGGGAUGGUUUCCCAUCAAAGGUCUUCUUCAAUGGGGAGGAGUGUUCGUUGCCCGAUAUAAUUCCGACAAGCCAGGGUUUCAGGAGUGGUGGUGCUGUUGGUGUCUUUAGCUUGGUACUGCUUCUGGUUGCUUCAACUCUUCUACUGCUUCGUCAAUAGGUUUAAAGCAUGCUGCUGCUGCUGGUGAUGAUGAUUCUUUGAUUCUUUCAAUGGUGAUGGGUGAAAUUGUACCAAACUGAGUGUUUGGCAUUUUGAAUUGGCUAGCAAGAAGGGAUGUGGUAAGGAAGCAUUGUUACAAAGUGGUAGAGAGGUUGGGAGUUUGCUCACCUUCCCUGUUGUUAAUGAGACAUACAUAGCUGCACAUUGGUUGGGUUCAACCAGAUGAAGAACAGAUUAGGGUAUUCCAGAAUUACUUGAGUGAGUACUGUUUGAUCUGCUGCCCUCCAUUUUUGUUGUCUUUUAUGCUCAUAGAAACUCACUACAUUAGCUU